AUGACGUCCAUUGGUCAAGAUAUUGCACCCAUUCUUGAUAAGGUUCUAUCUGUGUUGUCACUUGUUGAAUCCAAACUCGAACAGCUUUUCAGUCUUCAUCGCAUGUUAUGUCUCACUAUCCCUUAUGAAAACCUUUCUGUUUAUUAUGGCACUCAGCCACCAACAAUGGAUGUCCGAGCCAUUUGCAAAAAGCUUUCUUCAGGAAUAAGAGGAGGCUACUGUCUUGAGCUGAAUACAUUCUAUGCACUGCUGUUGCAGCGACUUGGAUUUGGAGUUGAGAAGCGAUCUGCUAAAGUAAUUCUUGGGAUGACAGAGGAAUGUGACCGAGCUAAUCGAGACGAUUCGCAUAUUGUGUUGAUAGUGAGCUUGCCUCAAGGAGUGGCUGCAGAUGGCGAAUCUGGAUGGACGGGCAAGUGGUUGUGUGAUAUUGGUGCAGCAGACUUUGCACCAAUGGAGCCAAUGCCAUUCAGAGACUAUACAGCAGAAAUACCGGCAACUCCCGGGUCUGGUGGCAAGACUUUCAAGCUUGUGCAGGGCAGCUGGCUAAACAAACAAGGCUGGUUCUUUACUUAUCAUGACAAGGCUAAACAAACUGAUUCAGAUCUGGUGGAAUCUGCAUCUCAAUCCACUCCCGUUUAUGAUCGCUUCUUUUUUUUUGAGGAUGUAGACUGUGACGAUGAGCAUUUUAAUGCCAUGAAUGACCAGGUCAAGCAGCCUGAAAAGUGUCCACCAUUUCCAUUCAAUACCGAGUAUGCCACAUUUUCCAAGCCUGACGGUAGUAGAAUGACUGUCAUUGGCACCAAGAAAGACGGCUACACUUUUUAUGAACGCAGCCAUUUAGGCAAGACAUUGCGCUCUGAAAAGCUUAUAGGAGAAGAAGAGCUGAAGCAAGUACUACUUUUACAUUUCUCUAUAGUCUUUCCCAUAUAA